AUGGCCCCUCUCCUCAAGAUCCUUUACGCCGGCUUGCUCGCCGCCAACACCUUGACCGCUGGUGUUUUGGCUACCCCUAUUGACACUACUGUCUCUGAAGUACAAGCCAUUGAGGCUAGAGACAACUUCUUGGCUGAAGGUGUCGAGGCUCCUUUCAGCGUCGAGAUUGCAACCGACCUUGCUGUUCGUCAUGAAGACGAGGCCGACCAUGCGCUCCAGAAGCGGGUUUUCACCUCGCCUCACGUCAGAAAGGCAUUCAAGGUCGUUGCUGGCAACAUGAUCUCUGCCGCUUCAUGGGCAUUCAACUUUUGGGUUGAGGAGGAUGACAGGGGCAAGGCCGCUGUUUGGUACAGCGGACUGUCUGGCGGUGGUGUUGGCUCGCCCAAGAUUGGCGUCGAAGGCGCCAGUUUCAUCACCCACACCGGAAGCGAGGUCGACGUCAAGGUCCCUUUCAUCGUCAAGGGAAUCUAUGCCGGCAAGGAAUUGAUUGUGCACUUUGUUGUGCGCAUCCUCAGCGACGCCCACGAGACCUCGGUCCAGUUCUUCUAUGAUCGUCCUACCGCGACGCUCAACGGCCAGAAUGCCCCGGUUUCCAGCUGGGACUUUGUCAAUGUCUAA